AUGGCUCUCGAAGCGCGCCUCCGCCUCCCGCUCGCCGGGCCAACUCCGGCCACCGCUUUCCUCUCAGGAUCCAACCCCAAACCCAGUCACAUAUCCUUCUCCCUCAAACCCGCCUCCACUUCUCUCUCCGCCGCCAAUGCGCCGCCGCCCAUCGUCGUCGUGGGCUCCGCCAACGCGGACAUCUACGUCGAGGUCGACCGUCUCCCUCUUGUCGGCGAGACGGUUGCCGCGAGUGCCGGUCACAGCCUCGCCGGCGGGAAGGGCGCCAAUCAAGCUGCCUGCGGGGGGCGGCUUGCGCUGGGGCCCACCUACCUCGUGGCGCGCGUGGGGGACGACGCCAACGGGCGCCUCCUCGAGGGGGCACUCGCGGACGCCGGCGGCGUCCGCCUCGACCGCGUCGCUCGCGCCCCCGGCGCGCCCUCGGGGCACGCUGUUGUCAUGCUCAUGCCCGACGGGCAGAACUCCAUCAUCAUCGUUGGCGGCGCCAACAUGGAGGGCUGGGCACCGGAGGUCGACCAGGAGGACCUGGACCUGAUCCGGCAGGCCGGCGUGCUACUGCUGCAACGGGAGAUACCCGAUUGGGUCAACAUUCAGGUCGCUCAGGCGGCAAAAGGUGCAGGUGUGCCUGUUAUUUUAGAUGCAGGUGGGAUGGAUGCUCCUGUCCCCAGAGAACUACUCGAACUGGUGGACAUUUUUAGUCCAAAUGAAACAGAGCUAGCACGUUUGACUGGGAUGCCUACCGAGACUUUUGAACAAAUCAGCCAGGCUGCAGGAGCAUGCCAUAAAAUGGGUGUGAAAGAAGUUUUGGUUAAACUUGGGUCACAAGGAUCUGCUCUGUUUGUGGAGGGAGAGGAGCCAAUUAGGCAGGCGAUAAUACCCGCCACAGAAGUAGUAGACACCACCGGCGCUGGUGACACCUUCACCUCAGCUUUUGCUGUAGCUCUGGUGGAGGGGAAGCCCAAGAAAGAGUGCAUGGCUGCCGCUGCCUCACUGUGUGUUGGAGUGAAGGGAGCCAUUCCCAGCAUGCCUGACAGGGAAACCGUGAUGAGCCUUCUAGAAUCUGUGCAAGCUGAAUAA